AUGUGUUACCAGAGUUUAAAAAACAAGCUCUGCCUUCGAUCUGACAUUUUUCUUCCAAGUGAAAUCUGUGACAAGUUGGUCAACACGUAUAUGGAGUUAGUUCACACAAAUAGUAGUUUUGAUCCAGAGGAGAGUUUCUUUCAACUAUUCUCAGACCCCCGAAGCACCAGACUGACUCGAGUACGGCUGAGAGAAGAUUUUGUUCGUGAUCGAGACCUUGAAGCUAUAAGAAAGCAGGAUCUUAUUGAGCUUCAUCUCAUCUACUGCAACAAUUUAUCAUCACAUGAGCUAGUAAACAAUUUACUGGAACUUGUUCAUCUCAGGCACCUGGACAUCUCACGCGAGAGCAGAAAAGCCUUCAGAUUCAAAAUGACAAAAAAAGUUCUUGUCGCUGUUGUUCAGAGACUGAUCAAUCUGGUGUCAUUAGACAUCUCUGGACACAUUAUGCUCGACAACUGCACAGUCCCACACUUUGAAGAGGCAAUGGGCCGAACAAGUAUUGAGCCAUGCAAGAGUAGCAUUUAUCCUUUUCAUGAACUGAAAAGGCCUCUGCAAUUUUUGGGUUUAUAUGACACCACUUUGUGUAACGUGACACAUAUCCCUGCUUAUAAGGUCACUGGAUCAAAAAAUGAAGACCAAGUUUUGAAUGCAAUUGAAGCUUACACCGAAUUUCGUCCAGAGUUGGCCCACAGAGCAAUCAACCAGCUAUUUGACAUAGCCAGGAUACAGCACUGUAGCCAGCUUCUGAGAGCUUUGCAACUUGUUAUAGCGGCACUGAAGUGUCAUAAAUAUGAUAAAAGCAUCCAGGUGACAGGCAGCGCUGCCCUGUUUUACUUGACUAAUACAGAGUACCGCAGUGAUCAGAGUGUGCGGCUGCGGAGAGAGGUCAUUGAAGUAGUGCUCAAUGGGAUGGAGCAGUACCAAGAGGUUACUGUCCAGAGAAACUGCUGCCUAACGCUAUGUAACUUCAGUAUUCCUGAAGAAUUGGAGUUUCAGUACAGUAGGGUCAAUCAGCUACUACUGAAAAUUCUGGAGCCAGCCAGACAGGACGAGUCCAUCCAGAGAAUCGCUGUACAUCUCUGCAAUGCAUUAGUUUGUCAAGUAGACAACCACCACAAGGAGGCUGUUGGAAAAAUGGGAUUUGUCAAGACCAUGUUGAACUUAAUUCAAAAGAAGCUGCAUGACAGAAUGUGUGACCAGGUAAUGGAGUUCUCGUGGAGCGCACUGUGGAACAUCACAGAUGAGACUCCGGACAACUGUCAGAUGUUCCUGAACUGUCGGGGCAUGAGUCUCUUCCUUGAAUGUCUGCAGGAAUUUCCAGACAAACAGGAACUUCAUCGUAACAUGUUGGGCCUGCUUGGGAAUGUGGCUGAGGUCAGAGGUCUAAGGCCACAGCUACUCACCCCACAGUUCAUUUCAGUUUUCAGUAACCUCUUGGACAGUAAGGCAGACGGGAUAGAAGUGUCGUAUAAUGCAUGUGGCGUCCUUUCACACAUCAUGUUUGAUGGACCAGACGUUUGGUCCAUGGUCGAGCCUUUGAGAGAAACAGUCAUGGACAAGAUGUGGGAGGCCAUUCAGAGCUGGGAUGUCACCUCACGACGAAACAUUAACUACAGGUCAUUUGAGCCCAUCCUGCGGUUGCUGCCUCAGUCCAUCUCUCCUGUCAGUCAGCACUGGGCCACGUGGGCGCUCUACAACCUGGUGUCCGUUUACCCAAGUAAAUACUGCCCUUUGCUGAUCAAAGAGGGAGGAUUAAGCCUUCUGGAGAAAGUAUUGGAACUGGAGAGUUCACACCCUGAGACUAAGGAUAUGGCCAGAAAAGUAAUGGAGCAGUGUGAAACCUUUAAAGACGAUCCUAUGGAAAUUAAUCAUGGACAGGAGGUAAACUAUGAACAAAGGGGCUGA